AUGUGGCGGGUGUCGACUGCUCUCUUUAUUCUACUAGUUGCUCUAGCAAAUGCAGCCGAUCUACAAGAACAAGUUUACGACAUUCCUGAAGGAGAUUAUGUAAACGAUCUCAGUCUGCUGGAAAAUAUUCCUCGGGCAAAAGAGCUUUCAGACAAGCCAGAUCUGGACAGCAACAUGUCACGCGUGCUUCGGUAUGCUAAGAGUGAAGAUGACUUGAAGAAAGAGAUUCUUGGAGUUCUACGCUAUGGGAAGCGGUCAAACAAAAAGAGUGUUCCAGGCGUUCUUCGAUUUGGAAAGAGAAGUGUGCCAGGUGUGUUGCGAUUCGGAAAAAGAGACAUCCCUGGUGUCCUACGAUUUGGUAAAAAAUCCAUGCCGAGUGUUCUUCGAUUCGGCAAAAGACACGAAAUUCCUGGAGUAAUGAGGUGA